AUGUUGCGCGCCCUUGCUCCCUCCCGGAUUUUACGCUUCCACCAUACACGGCUUCAACGGGCCAAAACCUUCCAAGCAUCUACGGGACACCUGUGUCUCACAGCUCAAGCUCGAACGCUCUCCACGAGUGGAGCAACUGGAGAUGCUGAUGGCAGAGCAACCAUUCGCAGGUUCCCCAGCCACCAGAGGAAGCCCCAGCAGCGGCAACCCGAGCAGCGGCAAUAUGAACAGGAUCUUUACAAUUACUAUAUGGAGAAACCUAGGCUCCGCAACCCGAACGCUAUCGCUUAUGUCCCAUGUCGUUGGGUGGAGGGGAUAGUCGUUGGAGAGCUUGUGAGAGAGCUACCUGCAAAGAUCGUGCGCCAUCCGGCUGCUGUACUUGAGAAUCAGGACAGUAGCAUACAUCAUGUACGCCUGGCUCUAGAGCUCUUUAUUGCCCGGUCAGGCCAAGAGCAGCAACGUUUUGUGGCUGCAGAACUUGGUUUGCGGACGCUCCAUUGGCUGCUUAGCCCGAGCUCCUUGGAGAAGUAUGACUUGCUCGCCGAAACACACUUGCUACGAAACCUGAUUUACUGCAUCGAGGCGGAGAAAGGGAGCGAUUAUGUUCACACGUGGCUCCAGACCGCCUAUACUCCAGCAUAUGCCCGGGAUUGGGGCAUCAACGGUCAGAGACACUGGAAGACUUGGGUCUUACGGCAGCUAGUAGAGGCGGUCCAGCAUUGGCGUGGGAUACAGCCUGCAAUCAUUGAAUUCUUGCGUGCGCGCGACUUCAACGAGGGUACUCCAACGGACUCUGUCGCCUAUACACCGCUCAAACAUGCCGGACUGUAUAUCUUUUGGCUCCUGGUCGGUAGCAAUGCACCGAAUCUGCCUGCCGACCUGUACGACCGCUUUCUCCAGAGCACUAAUUCAUGGCUGACGCCAGGCUUUGAAGCACAGAGGACUGUAACCGCUCUGAGAAUGUCGCAUCCCACUUCCCCAGAUCCGCUUCCGUUUUAUCAAAUGCUGCGGCACUUGUCGAGCCGGCCAGACUUGCCAUUCGAGAUGCGGCCAGCUACAAGCGAGCCAUCUCGAGCUGAGCAAAGGUGGUUCCUAUCAAUCGUGACUGCCAUGAGACUGCUAGACGCGCAAGGCGAGAAGUCGAAAUCGCGAUGGAUUUUCGAAUACGGAAGAUCAAAGCUGCCCGACCGUUUUCAAGGGUCACCGGUCCGUAGUUCGUUCAGCGCGGUGCGAACCAGGAGGACUGGACCGGCUGUUCAAGGAUCCGCAUAA